AGGGAUGCACAGGGAUGCAAGAGGACACACAAGUGUGCAUGGGGAUGCAUUGGAAUGCCAGAGGAUGCACUGGAAUGCAGAGGGAUGCACAAGGAUGCAGGAGGAUGCACAGGGAUGCAGGAGGAUGCACAGGGAUGCAGGAGGAUGCACAGGGAUGCAGGAGGAUGCACAGGGAUGCAUUGCAAUGCAGGAGGAUGCACAGGGGUGCAGGACGAUGCACAGAGAUGCAUGAGCAGGCACAGGGAUGCACAAGGAUGCAGGAGGAUGCACUGGAAUGCAGAGGGAUGCACAGGGAUGCAUUGGAAUGCAGGAGGAUGCACCGUGAUCCAUGAGCAUGCACAGGGAUGUAGAAGGAUGCAGGAGGAUGCACAGGUGUGCAUGGGGACGCACAGGAAUGCACAAUGCAACGCUGCACGAGGGGGCAGAGUGGCACACAGGCCUGCACUGGGCUGCACGGGGAUGGGCAGUGGUGCCCAACGGUGCCCGGGGGCCACACAAGGACACACGAGUGUGACCAGGACAGGCAGAGGGUACAAGGACACACAAGUGUGCAUAGGGACAGCCAGGGGGGCACAAGGACACUCGAGUGUGCACAGGGACAGGCACAGGGACAGCCAGGGGGGCACAGGGACAGGCACAGGGACAGCCAGGGGGGCACAGGGACAGGCACAGGGACAGCCAGGGGGGCACAAGGACACACACAGGGACAGCCAGGGGGGCACAAGGACAAACACAGGGACAGCCAGGGGGGCACAAGGACACUCGAGGGGGCACAAGGACAAACACAGGGACAGCCAGGGGGGCACAAGGACACUCGAGUGUGCACAGGGACACACACAGGGACAGCCAGGGGGGCACAAGGACACACACAGGGACAGCCAGGGGGGCACAAGGACACACACAGGGACAGGCAGGAGGCACAAGGACACACACACAGGGACAGGCAGGAGGCACAAGGACACACACAAGGGUGCACGAGUGUGAAUGAGGCACUUGGGCACACGAGGGUGCAGAAAUGCUGCACGA